AUGGCUGCGUAUCUCCCUUUAGAGAUCGUCCAGUCCUUCCUUCUUCAUCUCGAUGUGGAAUCAUAUAUCGCUGCACGGCAGACAUGCAGCUCCUGGCGAUGUGCGGCAUCGGCACCGUACAUGUUCAGGAAAGCUCUACAGCAUGUCCCGGUGUCAUUACCUCCAACGAUAAAUACCCUGACUCAAGAUCAAUGGACCACGUACUUCGCCCAGAUCACCCGCUUGAAUCUACUGCACUGCCGACAGGAUAUUAGGAAGUCGGUGACCCAACGGGACCUCCCCUAUGAAUGCUCCGCUACCACUGUGGUGGGAACCUCAACUGAUGGACAGAAAAUGGUGACCCUGAAAGGAGGGCGGGCGACCGUAUACGAGCGUGUAAACCUAACAAGUCCAUGGGAGUACUCCCGGGGUAUAACACUUUAUUCUCAAUGGACCUCUGUCGCCCGUGCCAUGCUAGAAGGGGGGACCGCAGGCUGCAUGUCCAUCAAUCAGCGAUACGCAAAACAGAGUAUCGCUGUCUCCUCUCAAGGCGACCUUAUCGCCGUAGGGCUGGGGAGAACAAUCCAGAUCUACAGCCUUCGCAAAGAUCAACAUCUUCUGUCUCCCGCAGAAUAUGUAUUAGGCCAGGAUAACUCAUUGACCAGCACCACACGAGGCCAUUACGAGGACACAGACGGCGUCGUCGAUUCCCUAGAAUUUGCCGACGACGACAUUCUCCUCCGUGUCUCGAUCAACAAGGAAACAACCAUUCACCAACCCACCCGAGUGCGGUACUUGGGCUGUCCGGACCUCGCACACAACCAACCCGACCUCAACUACUGGCGAGCAAACAUCAGCCGGAUCUACCUCGACUCAGCAGCUUUAUCAGUGGCACUUGCAGGACAGGAUGAGUACCGACUGAUUUUCCGGGGCCUACGACUCCUCCCACCAUCAUUCCCUGCAACCCAGCAACAAGAACAAGAAGACCAGCAGACCUCUCCUCCAACGCCACGCUACUUCGUCGCAUCACUGCAUGAAGGUACAUCGACUCCUCCCAUCCGCCUAUUUCCGGCCCGGAGACGGCAUCACAGCACCCGCACCGAGGAAUUCCCACCACUCAACCCACCCCUCCCAUCCAGCCGCUGUGACGAGCAACACAUAACAUACAACCUCCUAGACACAGUCCCGCGGUGGAGCGCAGCCAACCUCCCAUCUGCAACCUUCGCAUCUCCCCUCCUAUCCAUCUCCACCGACCACCAAAUCCUCGCCCUCUACGAACCGAGCGGCAACUACUCCCCCGCCAUCGUCUCCGGCGGCUCAUUGUACCUAUACUGUAUCGAAAACUGCCGCCCCAUAUACCAGCCGGGUCCGCAGAGAUUUAAACAGCCAACCCAGAAGACCUCCCUCCCUCAUCAGCGGGCUGAUAGCCCUGAGGACAAAUUCAGCGUCGAUGCCAGAUAUCCGCCCCCGGAUAUCGUUCCCUCUUGGCCGUUCCUUCUUGACAAAGUGCCCGUUGACAUUGACUCCCUUGAAGUGAAACGGUCGACUGAUGACGAUGGUGUCGUCGAUUCGAAGAGUUGUGCAUAUACGAUUACCGCGCGUUCGGGCGGACAGGCUCUGGAGUGGCGGAUGAGUGCUUAG